AAUGUCCCAUUUUACUUGUUCUGCUCUUUUUAAAAAUAUUGAUGGAUAACUAUAAGAAGUUAUCAUUACAACUUAAUCUGGUGCUCUACUUAUUGUGGUACUUUUGUUAAAGUUAUUAUUUAAGUCAAAAAAUGGAAAUUAGUAAAUGGUUUAUUUACCUUCAAACUCUAUGGAUACUAUUCUCUGCUUUGGAAGAGAGAUCAAUGAAGGUAAUAUAAAUAUAUAAGUAUAGAUUAACAGCUUGGAACUUUCGAUCUCGAUAAUCCUGAAACAAAAAUUAAAGUUACCUUUCUUGUAGGUUUGAAAGAUAUUGAAUAGUUAAAAUUACAAAUGAGAGGAAGGCAAAUUUUCAUGAUUUCUUCAAGUUAUGUUGUUUUAGGAAAAUUGACUUUUGGAAUAAGUAAGGAAGAAUUUUUAUCAAUAGAACUUAUUUAAACAUCAUCUAAGAUUUCUGUUGAAAAGAAAGCAAGUUUUUUAUUAAAAGAUCCCUAAUCUCAUAGCAGACUGGUAAUUUUGUAACAUAAUAUUGAUAGGCAUAAUUAAAAUAAGAGGCAGAUAUGUUACGGCUGUUAAAAGAUGAACCUCAUAAAAAUAUUAUUUUAUUGGAAGAAAUCAUUACAGAUUUUAGGUCAGUCUCAAUCAUUUUAGAAUAUUGUCAAGGAGGAGAUCUUUUAAAGCUUCUUUAUUAGAAAAGUAUCCAAAUUGAUGUCCCAUGUUUAAUGUUCAAUCUACUUUCUGGUAAAAUAACAUAUUUAAAGGAUUAUAGGUUUGAAACAUCUCCAUGAUUUGGAAAUUGUACAUAGGGACAUCAAACUUUAGAAUAUUUUAUUUAAAGACUCUUCGAAUGUAGAAACUUUAAAAAUAGCUGAUUUUGGUUUAUCAUGUAAAAAAUCUUAAAUUCAAUACAUCAAUCCAAGGUUUAUAUUUAUUAGAAAUUUUAGAUGUGGUACUCCUGGAUAUACAGCCCCUGAAGUAUUUAGUUAAGAAUGUAUAUAUGAUGAAAAAAUUGAUAUUUAUAGCUCAGGCAUCGUUUUCUAUAAUAUGUAAUACUUUAAAAUACCUUAGUUUAACAUUGAAAAAUCCUUAUGGAAAUUCUUAGAAUAUUUCUGAUCUAAUCAAACUUAAUAUGAGGGGCAACUACAAUGAAGCCCAUUUAGAAACAACUAAGCAGAAUAAUCCUCAAGCAUAUGAUUUACUCACUAAAAUGUUACAGAAAGAAUCACAUAAUCGGCCCAGUGCUUAUGAAUGUCUUUGUCACCCAUACUUUAAAAACUAUUUUAAAGGAGAUUUUAUUAAGGAAAUGACAUCAAAAUGUGGAAAAUCAUAAAAUAAGAAAAGAGGAACUCUCAAACGAGCAAAAAAAUGACUAC